UUGAAAUCAGUGGUUGUGGUCGACAAUGAGGAGGAGGAGGAAAUAGUGGCUCCGAUCGACGCUCACAUCUGUGGGAAUUGUAAACAAGAAUUCUUAGGUCUCUCGCUAUUCCUCUCGCAUAAGAAGGAGUGCAUCAAAAAGGGGGACAAAUGUGAGCCAACUCUACCUCAACAACAAAUCGCUGCUAAAGAGGACGAAGAGGUUGAGGAUAUGGAGGAAGACAAGGAUGAGGACAAAGAAGAAGAAGAAGAAGAAGAGAACUCGGAUGAGGAGGACUCGGAAGAGGUGGACGGGAAGUACUCUGCGAUGUAUAACAGAAGUGGUGACGAAAAGAGUGAAAGCUCGCAGACUUUGCAAAGAGUUGUCGAAUCAGAUAACGAUUCCUCAGAGAAUAGACUCAAACAAAUGGCUUCGAGUGGUGGCGGUUGGCCUGUCAUCGGACCAUCGCUUUCAUUAUCAGACACUAAUGUAGUGAUAGAGUCGUUACAGAACACGUCAGUAGCGGUGGCCCAACACCCGCCGCCAUCACCUGAUCUCUUACCCCAAGUGCCACAAACGGCACUCCAGUCGACACUUUUCAAUCUACAACAACAGCAGAUGAUGUUAUUUCAUGUGAUCCAUCAGUUGCAGUCACAGAUUGCCACCAAUGGAGGCACAGCCCCUCAAAUUCCACUUCUAGUACCUCCACUACCAUCCUCUACACCUUCCGAUGUGUCGACGCCUGAGAGUGAAAAAUGUCAGUCAAAGAACGCCGUUAUUGACAAACCAUCGAAUUCUUCAUCCUUUCCACAAACAUCUUCCUCUAAACCAAUGACACCCUCAGUCAAAACACCUCCACUUUCCAUGUCAUCAGUUAUCACCCCUAACCUAACUUCUGGGACACCGGCUGUCGAUUUGGUGACCCCAGCGGAUCCAUUGGACCGACCGCUAAUUCCUCCCUCUUCACCACUAAACGAGACCUCAUCUCCGGCAUCACCUGAUGAGCCAAACACUCUGGAACUGCUUCAGAGACACACCGAACAGGCCCUUCAGAAUACAAUGUCCGGCGGUUCGUUCCUAUUGAACGGCAUCGCAGGGAUGGGAAGCUCGGACUUCUUGAGCUUCAGAAAAACCAAAGACGGCAAGGAGGACCCGAUGUAUCGGCACAGAUGCAAGUUUUGCGGCAAAGUCUUCGGCAGUGACUCAGCGCUGCAAAUCCACAUCCGCUCGCAUACCGGCGAAAGACCCUUCAAAUGCAAUAUAUGUGGCAAUCGGUUCACAACAAAAGGCAAUCUGAAAGUCCAUUUCCAAAGACACAAAGCCAAGUACCCGCACAUUAAGAUGAAUCCGCAUCCCGUUCCCGAACAUCUCGACAAAUUCCAUCCGCCAAUAGAGCCGCCGACGGGUUCGCAGUCACCGACUAAUUUGACCCCAUUAUCCACGCCUCCGAUCUCAAUGUCAGGAAUGUCUCACAUGUUCUCGCAAUCGAUUUCAUCGUUAAAUCAAUCAUUUCUCGACCCGACUGUCAGCCCAUCCAAAGACAUGAAAAGCAUUUUGAAUUCAAGUCUCGGCGAACGUAUGGCAGACACUAAUAGCAGUGGUUUGAGCACAAGUGGUGGUCAGCCCUUGCAUAACAUCUCAGAUAACGUCUCCAACCAAUCACUGAGCGAUGACUCGGAUCUCGAUUGUGACGACAAUGACAUAAUGGACGCCAAAGAUGUGGAAGACGUGAGCGAUGACGAGCGCGCCAUCAAUCUGGAGAAGACCACAAACCAUACCAACAAAUUGGAGGAAUUGCCACUAAAUUUACAACGAAUUCGCAAAGAGAUGGCUGAAGAGGAAGACUUCAAUGAAGACGAAGACAUGAGUGGAGACGAGUUCGACAAAGAGAUGGAUGAGUCGGAGAGACGGGAAAUGACUGAUAAGGAUAAGGAGAACAUCAACUCUGAUGAUGACAUCUCCGACGGCGAUUCAGACGAUGGCAUGAAUAUACAUCCCGGUGCAGAGUUUCAAUAUUUGCCACACUUCCCACCCUAUUUCCAUUCGGGAGGCUUUCCGGGUAUUCCCACGUCAUUGGGUUUAAUCCCGUUUGGUUUCCCGCCGGGUAUGCCACCCCCUCCCCAUUCAGGCCUCCCUAACUCAGAGGGCGGUGAGGGUUCCAAUCGGGACCCCGUCUUCUACCAGGACUUACUGCCAAAGCCGGGCAGUACUGACAACACGUGGGAAACCCUAAUGGAAGUACAAAAGGCUUCAGAAACAGUAAAACUGCAACAAUUAGUCGACAACAUUGAGCACAAGCUAACGGAUCCCAAUCAGUGUAUUAUAUGUCAUCGCGUCCUCAGCUGUAAGAGUGCUCUUCAGAUGCACUACAGGACCCAUACCGGGGAGCGACCCUUCAAAUGCAAGAUAUGUGGUCGAGCUUUCACUACGAAAGGCAAUCUCAAGACACAUAUGGGAGUCCAUAGAGUCAAACCUCCGCUCCGUAUUCUCCAUCAGUGCCCGGUUUGUCACAAACAGUUCACCAAUGCUUUGGUUCUUCAGCAACACAUCCGUAUGCAUACGGGAGAGCCGACAGAUAUUCCUCCGGAACACAUAAUGGCAAAUGAGAUCAAAGGGCCGACACUAAUGCCCUCAUUCCAGAGGGCACUCCUGCCACCGCACUUUGCCGGUCAUCUGCCGCCGCCUGCGGGACUCUUUGUGCCCCCAUUUAUGAACGGUUUGACAACCAGUUCUUCAUUACACAUUCCUCUCUCAUCUCCAAUCACUUCUUUAUCCACAAUAAAACCAAAUUCAUCGCCCGUUUUGUCCGCAGAAGUGAAAUCCGAUCAGAAUUCAAGCGAUGAGACGCCUGAAUGUAAGCAGGAGUUGAUCUCUCCGUCGACUAGCAAUCGGUCGAGUCGUGCGUCGACUCCGGACUCAUCCAAAAGUCCAAAACUGGCGCGAAGUCGGUCCCCAUCGCCAUCGCCUAAGCCGUCGGCACUUUCCACUCCCCUCGCAAUCCCUCAGCCCGUCAUAGUGUCGGCCUCAACGCCCAACCCCACCACCCCCUCGAGCGCCCCGAUAGUGGUCUCAACGCAAUCAAACGAU